GGGGCAACCUUUCGCGACAACCACCUUUCUUGCUGCCUGCAACCGUACCUUAUCCACUCUUCUACACUUCAUAUCCAACAACUGCACGGUGCACUACAUUCACAAAAGUGCCCCCUGAAGUCACCACGCAAACAUUUCCAAUAUUUGGAUAGUUAUUGCCUUGACAAAGUCAACAACCCGCCGCCCACCAUGUCUGCCGAGAACGAUAGCAAGCCCCUUGAGGAGGUCAAGGCACCUGAGGCUCAGGCUGAGCAGACAACGGAGGCUCCCGCUUCCGAGUCCGCCGCCGCCGAUAAUAAACCCGUGACUUCUGCUUCGGUUUUCUCCAUGUUUGGUGGCGGCGCCAAGAAGGAAAAGAAGGAUGAGGAUGAGGACCGCGGCGAUAUCUCCGGCAGUGCCAAGGCCCAGCGCGAGGCUGCUGCUGCCGCCGCCGCCGCCGCAAAGGAGGGCGGCGAUGAGGAUGACCAACCUCCCGAGUCCGAGGAUGUCCACUUCGAGCCCGUCAUCCGCCUGACAGAAAAGGUUGAGACCAAGACCAACGAGGAGAUGGAGGAGCAGGUUUUCAAGAUGCGUGCCAAGCUUUUCAAGUACGUGGCCGAAACCCGCGAGUGGAAGGAGCGCGGUACUGGCGACGUCCGCCUGCUCAAGCACCGCGAGAACGGCAAGACUCGGCUGGUCAUGCGUCGCGAUAAGACCCUCAAGGUUUGCGCCAACCAUUAUGUUGUUCCCGAGAUGAAACUCUCUCCCAACGUCGGCUCGGACAGGAGCUGGGUUUGGAACGUUGUUGCCGAUGUGAGCGAGGGCGAGCCCGAGGCCCUCACUCUGGCCAUUCGGUUCGCCAACUCAGACAACGCCAACCAGUUCAAGGACGCUUUCAUCAAGGCCCAGAAAGAGAACGAGGCGUUGUUUAAGAAGGCGGCCGAGGCGAAGGCGGAGGAGGCGACUGGCGAGGAGAAGAAGGAGGAAACUAAGGAAGAGGAGAAGAAGGAGGAGACCGCUUGAGCUGGUCCUUGAUGGGUCUGAGUGAUGGGCUCAGAAAUAAGGGCAAUCCACCCAGCACCUUCACCCCGUAUGCUGCAUUGAUUCCCUGGAAGGUGAGAGAAGGCAGGGAGCGAUGCAUAUCACACACGAACACGAUGCCAACACCCCAAACGAACCCAGCAUUCCCCAUGACAGGAAGCACUCGGUCAAAGGAGGAAAGGGUUGUGUCUUUCCGGCGAGAGAAGAUGAGCGAUGUCAACUGCAGAUAGACCAAAUACCAUGCAGUCCCCUUCAUACAAAGCAGUACCAAUGAAAGUAAUUGGCCUUUAUGGGGGGCCGAUCACCUUUUGUAAAGAAUCGCAAAGAGACGGCAACUGUGCG